AUGGAAGCAGGGGCGCACUUUUGGAAAUGAUUGCGUACCUACGCAUGUAGCGUACCAAGGUUACCAAAGGAAUUAAAAUAUCUGCAGGUUACUUCUCUAUCGGGGUUACUCUGCAAUUUUAUUUCGCCUACUCCCAUGGGACGCAUUUGUGGUUAGAUAAGUAACGUUAGGCUAGCCUACAACAAUUUCUCUAAUACGACCCAUGCGCCACAUUUCAGGUUUCGAUUUGUCCCCCCAAAAGUUCUGACUUCCUAAAUUAUUAAAGCUGGAAGUUGAGUUGCGCUACAGGGGUGAGUACGUUUUUCUUGAGUCGGUGUUAUUUUAGCACCUCCUGCUCCUCGUAUACAUACGUCUGCAUAGGAUGACAUAUUUUCCAGGAUUUAUGAGCUGAUACUGUUCUCAAGCGUCUGUAGAUGGUACCCAGUAUCACUGGAGGAUCUUCCUGAGUUCAAGGACACUGGAGACUGGACAGAGACUGGACAAGAGGGCAACACCAACCAGCCAACAAUGUCUUCCAUUGACCCCUACCAGUACAUUAUUGUGGAGCAGCAGUUCUCUCACAAGUUCAGAGUGACAGUGGUGCGCGCUAAGAAUGUCACUAAGGGAGCACUGGGUGACCUGUUGGACACUCCUGACCCCUAUGUGGAGCUGUUCAUUCCCACCACCCCUGAGAGCAGGAAACGAACGAGGCACAUAGACAAUGACAUCCACCCGGAAUGGAAUGAGACCUUUGUCUUCAUACUGGACCCAAACCAGGAUAAUAUUCUAGAGAUAACAUUAAUGGACGCCAAUUACGUGAUAGACGAGAAGCUUGGGACUGCAUCGUACAACAUCUCCAAGAUGUUGAAAACUGGCCACACAGAGACAGUGCCUUUCCUCAUCGGCAAAGCAACCAAUGUGUACUUAGAGAUGGCCCUGGAGGUCUGUACGAACCUGGACCUGCGGUUCAGCCUGACCCUGUGUGACAAGGAGAAACUAUUCAGACAGGCCCGCAGAGAGAGGGUGAUGCUGGGCAUCAAGAAGCUGCUGGACAUGGAAAAGCCCCGCUUCCUCCCCAGCACUCCUCAGGAGGUGCCGGUGAUCGCCAUAGUGGGUUCAGGGGGAGGCUUCAGGGCCAUGGUGGGCUUCUCUGGGGUUAUGAAGGGCCUGUAUGAGUCUGGGGUCCUGGACUGUGCCACCUACAUUGCUGGCCUCUCUGGAUCCACCUGGUACAUGUCGACCCUGUUCUCUCACCCAGAGUUCCCCUCUAAGGGUCCUAAGGAGAUCAACGCGGAGCUGAUGAAGAGAGUGAGCAGUAACCCUCUGAGACUGCUGCUGCCCCAGCACAUCACCAACUACAUCCAGUCUCUGUGGAGCAAGAAGGCCAACGGACAGCCCGUCACCUUCACUGACAUCUUCGGCAUGCUCAUCGGCGAGACACUCAUCCCCGCGAGGAUGGACACAAAGCUGAGUGAGUUGCAGGAGAAGGUGAACGAGGGCCAGUGUCCUCUCCCUCUGUUCACCUGUCUGCACGUCAAACCAGACGUGUCCGAGCUCAUGUUCGCAGACUGGGUGGAGUUCAGCCCGUAUGAGAUUGGAAUGGCAAAGUACGGAACGUUCAUGACCCCUGAUCUUUUUGGAAGCAAGUUCUUCAUGGGAAUCACUGUGAAGCAGUAUGAAGAGAACCCACUACAUUACCUUAUGGGGGUUUGGGGGAGUGCCUUCUCCAUCCUCUUCAACAGAGUGCUGGGUGUCAAAGACACUGUCGGGGGGAGCACCAUGGAGGAAGAGCUCGAACAGUUAAAGCCUCAACACAUUGUGGGGAAGGACAGUCUAGAUGAUGACGAGAGGCCUUGGAAAGGAGGCAAGGAGAACCCAGAGGCGGAAGAUGAGUACGGCACCGCCCAGAACAGCUGGGUCCAGCGAAUGAUCACCUCCCUCUUCAGCGGCGACUCUUUGUUCAACACGCGAGAGGGGCGGGCGGGGAAGGUCCAUAACUUCAUGCUAGGCCUCAACCUCAACACCAACAUGCCCUUCUCUACCUUCGGAGACUUUAUGUACCAGAACUCCUGCGCCUCCUUCGAGGAUGAGGUUGACGCUGUCACAGACCCAGAUGAGUUUGCUGGUAUCUACGAGCCACUGGACGUGAAGAGUAAAAAGAUCCACGUAGUGGACAGUGGUCUGACCUAUAACCUCCCGUACCCCCUCAUCCUGCGCCCGCAGCGUGGCGUCGACCUCAUCAUCUCCUUUGACUUCUCAGCCCGCCCCAGUGACUCCAGCCCACCCUUCAAGGAGCUCCUGCUGGCUGAGAAGUGGGCCCGGAUGAACAAGCUGCCAUUCCCUAAGAUUGACCCCAAAGUGUUUGACCGCGAGGGCCUGAAAGAGUGCUACAUCUUCAAGCCAAUAAAGGGGGAACGGAACUGCCCCACUGUCAUCCAUUUUGUCUUGGUCAACAUCAACUUCAGGAAGUUCAAAGCCCCUGGAGUGCCUCGUGAGACAGAACAGGAGAAGAAGAUGGCUGACUUUGACAUCUUUGAUGACCCCGAGACGCCGUACUCCACGUUUAACUUCCAGUACUCGAACCAGGCCUUCACACAACUCCACGACCUCAUGGAGUUCAAUACGCUCAACAACAUCGAGGUGAUAAAAGAGGCAAUUAAGGAGAGCAUUAUGUACAGGAAGGAGAAUCCCUCACGCUGCUCUGUGUCCCUCUCACUCAACGAGAUCCAGAACAAAAUGUUCCUGAUGCGGGAGAAAGCCCGGAAGUGAGAGCCAGAAUGCUGCCAGAAGCAACGUCAAGCUAUCAGACAAGACUUUGCGAAUUGACAUACAGUACCAGUCAAAAGUUAUUUCAAUUUUUUUUUUUACUAAAUAACACAUACGGAAUCAUGUAGCAACCAAAAAAGUGUUAAACAAAUCAAGAUAUAUUUGAGAUUCUUCAAAGUAGCCACCCUUUGCCUUGAUGACAGCUUUGCACACUCUUGACAUUCUCUUGACGUAAAGUAUUUAUUUCAAGUUAAAGUGUACUGUUAGCUGGCUGGCCGGCUAACUAACGUUACGUCAUGCGUUGGGAUUCAUAGUUUACCUAGCUAGCUACAUUUCUUAACUAAAGACUCUCGUCUUAGUGUGCCAGUGCAGAAUAACUGAUUCAUUUUUGUGCUCAACACCCAUUGAAUAUGUCUGGUGUCAGUUAACGUCGGCAACAAAGCGUAAUUCAAUUGUUACCAGCAGCACAGUUACAGUCACCAACGCUCUGGAUAACAUGAAAACAGCCUAACCAGCUCUGCUAGGGUGAGUAAAAUGAUCAGAGUGGGGUGUUAUCUCAUUAUUUGCCUGGAAGUAGCUAGCCAGUUAGCUUGGGUGCUUCUGUUGUUGUGAGGUCAGAGCUUUCGGAUCAACCCUACUUAUUGGCCAGAGCGUCCAGUGUGCGCUCUAAAAUUACCAACGGACAAUCUGACAGCACAGUUGCAGUCAUCAGCGCUCUGGAUAACAUAACACCCUAACCAGCUCUGCUAGGGCGAGUAAUGUUCAGUGACCUGUUCUCUCUCUCUCUCAAUGUCUGGAUGUAGCUGGAAAGUUAGUACAGAAUGCUCGGAUCAACCCUUAAAGAGAUGGGUGGGGCUAAGGCUUAAGAGGGUGUGAGCAAUGAUGAAUGGGUGUAGACAAAUAGUAGUACCAAAACGGUAGUACCAGGCGGUUUUCUCAAAAGUGAGUUUACAAGUUUCAAAGCCGAAUUGCUUUCCCAUUGUUUCCUCAAAUGCAGUGUAUGAUAUACCAUUUUUUGUAGCUCUGAGUCUCUACUUUGAUCCAAUGUAAAAAACAGAAAUUCCAAAUUUUGCUACAUAAGACCGAAUCCAGGUGGUGAGUCACAUACAGUUGAAGUCGGAAGUUUACAUACACCUUAGCCAAAUACAUUUAAACUCAGUUUUUCACAAUUCCUGACAUUUAAUCCUAGUAAAAAAUUCCCUGUCUUAGGUCAGUUAAGAUCACCACUUUAUUUUAAGAAAGUGAAAUGUCAGAAUAAAAGUUGAGAGAAUGAUUUAUUUCAGCUUUUAUUUCUUUCAUCACAUUCCCAGUGGGUCAGAAGUUUACAUACACUCAAUUAGUAUUUGGUAGCAUUGCCUUUAAAUUAUAUAACUUGGGUCAAACAUUUUGGGGAGCCUUCCACAAACUUCCCACAAUAAGUUGGGUGAAUUUUGGCCCAUUCCUCCUGACAGAACUGGUGUAACUGAGUCAGGUUUGUAGGCCUCCUUACUCGCACACGCUUUAUCAUUUCUACCCACAAAUUUUCUAUAGGAUUGAGACUUUGUGAUGGCCACUCAAAUACCUUGACUUUGUUGUCCUUAAGCCAUUUUGCUACAUCUUUGGAAGUAUGCUUGUGGUCAUUGUCCAUUUGGAAGACCCAUUUGUGACCAAGCUUUAACUUCCAGACUGAUGUCUUGAGAUGUUGCUUCAAUAUCCACAUAGUUGUCCUUUCCUCAUGAUGCCAUCUAUUUUGUGAAGUGCACCAGUCCCUCCUGCAGCAAAGCACCCCCACAACAUAAUGCUGCCACCCCCGUGGUUCACGGUUGGGAUGGUGAUCUUCGGCUUGCAAGCAUCCCUCCUUUUCCUCCAAACAUAACGAUGGUCAUUAUAGCCAAACAGUUCUAUUUUUGUUUCAUCAGACUAGAGGACAUUUCUCCCAAAAGUACAAUAUUUGUCCCAUUGGUCCUUUGCUGCUGUUCUGGGAUUGAUUUGCACUUUUUGCACAAAAGUGUUCAUCUCUAGGAGACAGAACGCGUUUCUUUCCUGAGCGGUAUGACGGCUGCGUAGUCCCAUGGUGUUCAUACUUGCGUACUAUUGUUUGUACAGAUGAACGUAGUACCUUCAGGCGUUUGGACAUUGCUCCCAAGGAUUAACCAGACUUGUGGAGGUCUACAAUUUUUUUUCUGAGAUCUUGGCUGAUUUCUUUUCAUUUUCCCAUGAUGUCAAACAGAGGCACUGAGUUUGAAGGUAGGCCUUGAAAUACAUUCACAGGUACACCUCCAAUUGACUCAAAUGAUGUCAAUUAGCCUAUCAGAAGCUUCUAAAGCCAUGACAUCAUUUUCUGGAAUUUUCCAAGCUGUUUAAAGGCACAGUCAACUUAGUGUAUGUAAACGUCUGAUCCACUGGAAUUGUGAUACAGUGAAUUAUAAGUGAAAUAAUCUGUCUGUAAACAAUUGUUGGAAAAAAUACUUGUUUCAUGCACAAAAGUAUAUGUCCUAACCGACUUGCCAAAACUAUAGUUUGUUAACAAGAAAUUUGUGGAGGGAUGAAAAACAGUAUUUAACCUGUUGGGGAUGGGGGCGCUGUUGAGACUAUUUAUGCUAAUUGGGUAAUUUUUGAAACGGCUUCCCACAAAAUCCUUGAUCGUACAAUAUGCAUAUUAUUAUUAUUAUUGGAUAGAAAACAGUCUAUAGUUUCUAUAGGAGUUGAAAUUUUGUCUCUAAGUGGAACAGAGCCCAUUCUACAGCAAUUUCCCUGACAUGGAGUCAGAUUUCAGAAAUGUUGGCCACUGUUCUGAAGUCAGUUAAAAGGGCACUGUUAUUGCUAUGACUAUACAGACACUGCUUACGUCUUCCCCUGGAUACCUUUACGUGAUGACGAUUUCAAUGGGGUCGAUUGCGCGUUCACAGGCACUACAAAUGAAAAAACCCUGAGGCUAGCAAGUCUUUUCUUGCUGCGUAACGCGCGUGGAGGACACCGACCCCCUCCUGUUCCAAGCGUUAGUUUAGCCUGUUAUAUUUCUCCGGUCAUCUUUUCACUCGUUAUAGGAGUUAAAAACAUCAUAAGGUAGUUAAUUUAAAGCGUUUUAUAGCAAUUUAUAUCCGUUUAGUGCGAUUUUGGGACAUUUAUUUUUGAAACGAUGUGAAUAGUUGGGCACGCUUUUCAGUUCAUCCCGAACGCAGUUGGCAUUUCCACAUGGCAAGAGGACAGCUUUCCACCAAAAGACGAUUACUCCCAAGAAAGGAUCCUUUGCCCAAGAUACUGAUGGAAGAACAGCUCAAGGUAGGACAUUUUUAUUAUGAUAAAUCGUGUUUCUGUCGAAACAUUUUAGUGGCUUAGGACGCCAUGUUUUUUGACGUAGCUUCGCU